GAGACGCGCGUGUCACUAGCGUUCUUAAAUGGCCGAUAUUAAAAAGUAAUCAUUAAAAAGUAAACUGUCAAACAGAAGUGCUCUUCAUAUAAGUGGCGGGAAAAUAAUCAUGAAGCGAAACUGAAUUUAAAAGUGCCUUUCGGUGCAGAGAAGUAAUUAAAAACUCAACAAAGCGUAAAAUUGUGAAAAGCUGUUCGCGAUUUGCUGCCAUUUGGUAACAUAUUCGCGCGUUUUUCGUCGCAAGUUUGAAUUUCGAAUGAAAAUAAAUAAGCGUAUCUGUUGCAAUAUAGGCAAAGGAAAUAUACAAACAGCCAAGUUUCUAGUGUAUAUUGGAAAAAGUUUUCUCGAUAUAAGUUUGAAGCCGGCAAAAAUCGUUGAGUUGUAAACGGUUCUAGUAUCGGUAUGUAUUAAAAUAUGGCGAAGAGGGAUGAGAUCUAUACUAAGGAAUACAGGAGGAUUCGUCGAUUAACUGCUGAUUUUGCUACAAGGCAAUUUUCCUCAGAAUAUGGCCUUACAGAAGAACAAGUUGCAGAAUUUAAAGAAGCGUUCAUGUUAUUCGACAAAGAUGAAGACGGCACGAUCACGAUUGCCGAGCUUGGUGUCGUCAUGCGAUCUUUGGGACAGAGACCUACAGAGACUGAACUACGAGAUAUGGUUAAGGAAGUGGACCAGGAUGGGAAUGGAACGAUCGAAUUCAAUGAAUUUCUGCAGAUGAUGUCCAAGAAGAUGCGGGGAGCAGAUGGUGAAGAUGAGCUUAGAGAAGCCUUCAGAGUGUUCGACAAGAACAACGACGGUCUGAUAUCAUCAGUAGAGCUACGGCACGUGAUGACGAACCUCGGCGAGCGGCUCAGCGAGGAGGAGGUGGACGACAUGAUCCGCGAGGCUGACCUCGAUGGUGACGGCAUGGUCAAUUACGAUGAAUUUGUGACAAUAUUGACGUCGAAAAACUAGUAUGCAGAUAAACCCAGAAGAGAUCGCCCUCCACCACGCUCGCUUCCCCAUAAGGAGUUGACUGAGCUCGGAGGGAAAGAAACUCUUAUCUAGUUGCCUAGCAACUGACUUAGUGAUGUGCUUGUCGAUUGGUUCAAGUGGUUUCUAGUGAUGCUCUAUGUGUAUCGAAGUGAUAUGACGUGACGAUGGAACAAUAUUUAGGUAAGCGUUUUGUUUAGGUUACGGAUUGUUAACGACUGUUGAGCCUUGUGUGAAGGAGUUUAUUAUAAAUAUGUGUUAAAGGUUUUUAUUUUAAUGUUGUUUUUAUUUUUUGGUUUAUGAACAUUUUUUUUAAACUUCGUGUAACUAAUGUUUAAAUGUAUUGCGCUAUUUUUCAGAUAUGUUACCGAAGUGUUUAUCUAAAAUUUUAGACAAAUACAUAAUAUUAUUGGUAGGUUCAUAAAAAAUUUUCGCCUAUUUAUAAAAAAUAGCAAAGAUGUUUUUUUUUUCAUUUCAAUUAAUUUGCUAUGAAUUUUGUAUAAGGGCAAAUUUAAAUGUACUUCUUCAAGCUUCACCUUUUCAUGUUAUGUACUUAUUAAGGAGAGCGGCAAGCGGCAAUUUCGACUAGAAAAUAUUUUGACCAAUCUGUAAAUUAGAUGUGUGUUCGUUUAAAUGUUAUGUACAAUUGGUUCCAAAGUUAAGGUGCAAUAAAAGGUAUAGGUACCUACUCAGCUGCUAUUGUUUGCUGUAAAUCUCAUUUUUACGACCAUUACCUAUAACAUUGAUCGCAUAUAAUAUUCCGCUUCAUACCACUCUAGAUCCUUAAACUUUGAAAUUAUUAGUUUUCCAAUGUAGAUUUCCACAAAUCCUUGUAUUAUGUGAGCUUAGGUGCUGUUUCCUGAAAAAUUGAAGUUGAAACAAGUCGUAUGUUUGUUUGUAAUCAUAUGUUUUGUGUGCCUAAUUACCUAAUUCACGUAACUGUAAAACUAGAACAACCUUGGACUAAUAUUAUUUAUUCGUUCGGGUUUUGUAUAAUAGAUACAACUAAAUAAAGCACCCAAUACAUUUGCUACCAAUUGUACAAAUAGCUUGCUUGAACUGUGUGUACGCGAUAGAAUAAUAUAGAAAUAACAAAGUGUUCAAAUAUUUUGAGGGAGAAUUUAAUGUAAGCGUUAUUGUAAAAUCAUUUAAGGUUUUUUUUAUGUAUAAUUCACUUUACGCUAUAUUUAAUUAUCUAGUCAUGUUUUCCAUUUAUUUGCCAUCUUGUAUUCAUUAAAAUUAAAAGCUAAUUAUUAUAAGUAUAAUUUAUAAUAUUGUGUUUUAAACCCCUAUUAUGUUUUUCUUUACGAAGGUACGUUGACUUUUCUGUUAGCUUGUAUGUACAAAAUGUAUCUACAUUAUACUUAUAAUAAUAAGCAUAAGUAUUAUUUACAAAUAUUUUUUUAAUUCUAUGGUUUUUAAAUUCUUAGUUACAACGUACUUAUUUCUUCACUUGAAUUCUAUAUUCAAUUAUACCUUUUUUCUGUAAAGGCAGAAACAAUAUUUUAUUAUUGUUAUGUUUGUAAAGUGUUGCUGUAAAAAGCUAGUUUUAUAUGUUGUUACAAUCCUGGAUUCAGGAUACUUUACCUAAACCAAUCUAAUCUUAUUUAUUACUGUUUAGAUCUAAGAUCUUUAGUCUGUCCUGAACCCAGGUCCAGUUUAGGCUCCGUGCAGACAGAGAGCGUUCUGCGUUCCGCGUUCUGCGUUUUGCGUUCCGCGUUCUUUGUGAUGCGAAGGAUCUAUAGCGCAGCGCCGCGGUCUGACUGCGUUCUGUGUGCACCGGCGCUAUAGAUCCGUCGCAUCACAAAGAACGCGGAACGCAGAACGCUCUCUGUCUGCACGGAGCCUUAAUGUAUAAUACUUAGUCCAAUAUACAAGUAGAUAGUAAAGUAUACUUUACGUUUCUUGAAAUCGCAAUAAUUACAAGAGUCAUCUGUUUACUUUUUGGUAGCCAUUUUUAAACGACUUCAAAAAGGAGGAGGUUAUCAAUUCGGCUAGUAUAUUUUUUUUUUAUUAUGUAACUAAUAUGUUGUUUCAGAAGCAGAAAAUAAAAUUAAUAUUAAAAUCAAAGUUUUGUAAAUUUCAAGCAAUGAUGUUGCUACAAAUACUUAUUGUGACUAAAAUGGCUUGAAAAGGUUAUGUGCAGGUAUUUUGAUCAGCAGGAAAUUGAUAACUGAAGCAAUUUCCUUUACAUGUAUUUUUUUCCAACAACGUAAACGAAAAGGAACCCAUUUUAAAUGUUCAUAAUAUAUUAUAAUAUAUUGACUUGUUAUUCAGAUUUAGUGCGUUUUUAUUUGUUUAAAACUAAUCAAUAAUACAUGCAAACUUAAUAAUAUAAUAUCUAUCAAAACAUUAUUUGGUUUUUAAUAAUUUAGGUUAGGUACCUAUCUACUUGUUGAUUCAUUACAUAUUUUUAAGCAACACUGCGUAAUAAACGAUUUCAAGAAAUGUCUUGUGUACAAAAUUACUAAACAAUUUUUUUAGCGAAUACAUAAUAUAACAAAGAAAUAUUCUAGCAUUGUAUAAAGAGUAAAUAAUUCAAAUUUGUACCCGAAAAUGUUGAAGUAGUUAAAGGUUGUGUAUUUUAUUCGUGAAGAAAAGUAACAUCAUGGUAUAUCGAAAUUUUAAGAAGAGUACUUAAUUUGGUAUUGAAUAUAGAUAUAAUUCUGGGAAAAUCAGGCCAUUCUUAACGUUACCAGAUAUUUAACAAUAAUAAUCAAUUUUAAACCGUAUUUUAUAUUGAUUAGGGUAGAUGUUCCUGUGCUGUUGUUUUCUAUAUAAUAUGAUGAUAUUAACUAAAUUAAGACGAUACAGAUCUAAUUAUCUUUAUUCAACAAGAUUUGCUAAUACACACAGUUUUAGCUGUUAGUUGGAAAACAACAGAUAAAUGCUAUAAAAAAAAAUGUGUGUGUGUGUACUAGUGUGCACACGUAAGAAGUGAAACUUCUUUAUAACCUU